AUGGCGUCUGUGGAGAGUGCUCUGGAGUAUUUGGAUGCGGUGAAGAAGGCGAACACAAGCGAGCCAUGGCGGUACAACGCGUUCCUGGACAUCUUGAAGGACUUCAAGAGUCGAGCCAUCGACACGCCGGGCGUCAUUGCCAAAGUCGAGGAGCUCUUUGCACACGACCCGCAUCUCAUCGCUGGCUUUAACGUCUUUCUGCCGCCCGACUACCGCAUCGUUGAGGAUGGGCAGCGCUCUGGACCGGAUGCUAGCCAGGCUCUGCCCAGCAUCGAGACGGAGUCAUCUGACGAUGGCGAUGACGGGCUGGAGUCGGACGGGCAGGCUUCGGUCGGUGGGCCGGACGGAUCGAUACCCUUGUUUGAUACAGCGGUGGAAUAUGUCAAGAACAUCAAGGAGACCUUUGCUGAGCAGCCCGAGGUCUACACCUCGUUCCUGGCACUCCUGCAUGGGUACCAGCAGCAGACCAAGUCGAUCGCCGAGGUCUACGCAGACGUCUGUCAGCUGUUUGCCAGCCACCAGCAACUGAUUCACGGUUUUGUCCACUUUUUGCCUUCCGACCAAGCUCCUCCGGCAUCGACCCAGGCCGAGCUGCGUCUGCCACAGCCUGCUGUACAUGCGACUGCGCCGCUGGCGCCGGCAGCGUUUGAGCCGACACCCGAGGUCAUGGCCGCACUCCAGUCGGCGUCGCAGGUCUUCUCCGACGCCGAGCGCGGCCAUCUUGCCACGCUGUGGCAGGCCAGCGACCCCUCUCUGGCCGUCAUCUGCGCAGCCUACGCUAACGAUCAGGACAUGGACGACCUCGUGGACUCGCUGCGGCGCCUGCUCAUUUACGAGCAGCCGGCCGUGACGCAGUCGACGCUGGGGCGGAGCAUAGUGACGGUGAACGUAUGCCGGGCAGGUUGGAUGGCCGCUGUUGGAGUAGCCGUGGUGUACACGGGUGCGGUGGACGCUUGGCUGGAGGCGAGCUGGUUGCGGUUGUCGACGUCGGAGGAUGCAGCCGCGCGACUCUUUCGGCUCGACUCGUUUGAGCCGAUUCUGGCCACGGUCUCGUUUCUUGUCUGGCUGGGCAUGUACUAUGUGCUGGACAACGUGCUUCCUGUGGCGAUGACGCGCCCGUUCCGAAUCCAUCGCACUGCGGUGUCGAACAAGGCGUGGGUGAUUGAGUCGACCGGCCGCGCACAGGAGCUGCUGGCGUAUCUGAUGCCUUUGGUGGUCUUUGAUCUCUGCUUCCAGCGGCGUGCCGGCAAGUUGAUGGCUGCGGGGAAGUGUCCUAGCCUGUGGCGGCUAGUGGGCCAGGUCUUGAGCUGUCUCCUUGUCUAUGACGCGCUCUUUUUCUGCUGCCAUCGGGCGAUGCACGCUGUGCCAGCGCUGUACAAGCUCCACGCCAAGCACCAUACCCACGCGCUGCAGCGAGCAAUCGAGACUGUUCGGCUGACGCUGGUCGAGCAGGCGGUUGAUGUGGCGUGCUCGAUUGUGGCGGUGAACGUCACCGGCGCGCAUCCGAUGGCCCGCAUGGUCUAUGUCCCGACCAUCACCCUCCUUCUCUGCGACCUGCACUCGGGCUACGACUGGCCAUUCUCGCUGGAGAACGUGAUGCCGGGCGCGAUGUGGGGAGGGGCCGUCUUCCAUGACCUUCAUCACCGCAACGGGCGGCUCCACUUUGGCAAGUUCUCCAAGAUCUGGGACCGGCUCUGCGGCACAGCAGCUCCAUCGUGA